UUAUCAGGUCAACAGAAUUAAUUAUUUUUCAAUCCAAGUAGUAAAUCACUAUACAAUGUGACUGAUUAUAUAAAUAUUCAUUCGAUUAGAGCAUUUGUCAACAAACUUUAUCUAUUGAAGUAAUCAAACACUUAUUUUUUCAUCACAUGUUACCAUGAAUCUUCAUAGUUAUAGUUUCUGCUAAACGAAAAUCGUGUACCUUGUUUUUCAAUCAUGAUUAUUGCCAUUACCAUCAACAUCAACAUCAUAUGCUAUUUUUGUUUAAAACAUAGUUGAUUAACAGAAUUGAAUCUAUUAAUUUAAUGUGAGUGAUCUAGUCAUUAAUCAUGCAACAACUUCCAAAGAGUAAAUUUCAGUGACAAAAAGUAGAUUUUUUUUUACACUUAUUAUUUUGUUGAUUAGUCAACAGUCCGCCUCACCCAGCAACUCACUCAUCUUACAAAGAGAAACUCACUUCUAGUUUUUCAUUCUCUGCUUGUUGUUAGUUUGUUUCCUUCUCCCUACAUUAUUCAUUUCUGACAAUAAUGAUUUUUCUUGAUAGUCAUUAACAUCUUCUAUCUGUUUAUUAACAGUGUUUAUUGUGACCAUUAUUUGUAAUGUAAUGUCCAUCAAUCAGUUGUCACCACCAUCUCUUUUGCAACACUGAAUCCCAGACAGUAAAUAUUUUGCUUUAUUUUCUUUGUGUUUGCUGCUUACAUCUUUUACUUUCUUCUGCCUUGCAUUUUUGAUUAAGGAAUUUCUUGGCACUACCAUUUUUAUUAAUCUUGACCAAUUGGAUGAUAUUGUGAUCAAAGGUUGUGAUUUUUUUAUAUAAACCCAAAACAAAAUCUUACAAUGCCACCAUCACUAGAAGUGGCCGAUAACUUAAGUGAACAAAUCUCUUCUGACAAUAACAAAGACCAGUCCAGAGAAGGUCUCGUGAUAAAUAAUAGUAUUCACAUUCAAGAUGGAGAUUUUAAAAGUGUGCCCGAGUCUCAGUCAUCAUCUAGUUCUAAAAACCAAAAUUCUGGUCAAUAUACCAUCUGUAAUGAGAUUAACUAUGGAUCUUGUGAGGGUUCCUCAGUUGAAAAUAAAACAAAUCAAGAUGAAGUAGAUCAAGCCAAAUUGACUUUUCUUAAUGGAGGAAACAACCAUGUUGACAAAGAUAUCGAAUCAUUAACCACUUGUCAAAGUUCAUAUCAACGAGUUGACACAUGUGAGACUAAACCCAGGUGGUGGAGACAUCCCAAGUUCAAGGAAAAUUGGAAGAUUUUUUUCGCUGCUUUUGGCCUGUUGAUUGUUGGUAUAGGACUUAUUGCCAUGGGAAUUGUAGUCACAGUAUUGCCUGACAUUGAUUUUCAAAGUUAUGUUUUCUUUAUCGCUGGGGCCAUUUGCUUCAUUCCUGGAGCUUAUCAUGUUGUCUAUUUAUACUUUGCUGUUACCGGGCGAAAAGGAUACGACUUCCAUCAAUUGCCUUUAUUCAAUUAAAGUCCAAGUUUUCAUGACUUUUCUAUGUGCCAUUCAAGUUUGGAUUGGAAUCAUUUCUAUCAACAUGAGUUCAUCCAUUGAACCAUAACUUUGACUAUUUGCAUGUUGAUGAUGAAUCGAGCAAAAAUGAAUCCUUUUCCUUGAAAUUUUUUUUAAAAAAUAUCAUCAAAUCACUACCAUUUUGUAUCCCAAGUUUAGAUUGUUUAUCUUAUUAUCCAACUUAAAUUGUUAGUUUGAUUACUUUCCUAUUUGAUUUUAAACCUUUUUGUACUCACAACAUCAUGGCAUGGAAAUCAUUUUCACUAUUAUCAUCAUCAACUCAUAUGUGCAUGUAUUUCCCAAAUUAAAUGUAUUUAAUAAUGUCAAAUGAAUCUCGUUUAAGCAUA